AUGAAAGCCGCCGCGGAUCAUUUCAAAAAACAGAGGGAUUCUGGGGUGAUCCCUGUCCACAGGUGGGAAAUAAAAAAAGAAAAAAAUGUUAGUUUUCAUGAAUAAAAGUCAACAAAAUUUAUGGGGAGAGUGAAAAAAACUUCCCAGUUUUCUGUAUUUGUUAUCUUUUUUCAAUUCGGUCAAGUCCUACCCAGCUUUUUUUAUUCUCAAGAAACUCAGUGAAAUGCCGAAAGAUGUGAAAAAUUUCACUUUGUGGCGGGUAUCUGGAACAUUAAGACUGCUUGAGAAAUUAAGAAUUUUCUAAAUUUUUUUAAAAAAACAGUACUGAAGUUAGCUUCUAAUUACAAUCAAUUCACGCUUUUGGUACCAUUUUUUUCUUUGAAGUUGAUUCUGAGACCUUGAAUCUUCUUCUCUGCUAUUUUCAAGCUUUAUCCACAAUAUUCCAAAAUUUCCAGCUUAUAAUUCUUGUAAGAACUGGGAAAAUUAUCAUUUACAGUCUCUGCGCCCAAAAUAUCAAGGAGCUGGAGGAGCUCAAGGCUACUCUGGAGGCAAAAUGUGAGAAUAGCCGCAGAAUCACCUUGUUGUCACCAGAGAGGAUGGUUUUCUGAAAAUUAGAAGUUUUCAUUUCUUCCUGGAUUAUUGAUAGGCGAACGCUCGAUUGUCGCUCGUGCAUCAAGAAGUUUUGCAUGAAGUGAUCAUGGACGGAAGGGAAAUGAGGGAGCAGGUAUUUUUUCAAAUAAAAAAAAGUGAAAAUUAAUUUUUCACAGAUUCAAGACGAGAUUGUGUUGUUGGCGGAGAAAACGAGAGAAAUAAAUGAGAUCGAAAAAGUGGUAGGGUUUUAAAAAGUUUUUCUUGGAAAAGUGCGUCUAAAUAAAAAAUGGACUCAGUUUGGAUUUCCGCCUUUUCAGAAUUUUUGGACCAUUGAAACUGACAGCCAUACCAAUUCUUUUAUUUUUUGAACUUUCGGAUUGUGGUUGUGGUCUAACUUUAAAAAAAUGUCAAAGUCAGAAACCCAUUUCUGACGAAUUGGAAGUUCUCAUCUGUCUGCGAUCUCUUUUCACUCAGCUUUAGAAACAAGAAGAUGUCUCGAAAAAAUGAGAGCGUUGCCGAGAGAGAAAAGAGUGUAGAGAGAACAGAAAUUUUCAUUUUGUGAUGAGUGCAGUGUGAAGACCAAAAUUGGCAGUCCCAAAUUUUAUCGACCGAAAAUUGGCAGUCCCAAAAUGUAUAGACCAAAAAUUGGCAGUCCCAAAUCUUAUCGAACAAAAAUUAGCAGUCCCAAAAUCUAUUGAGCAAAUUUUGGCAGUCCCAAAUCGUAUCGAACAAAAAUUGGCAGUCCCAAAUCGUAUCGAACAAAAAUUGGCAGUCCCAAAUCGUAUCGAACAAAAAUUGGCAGUCCCAAAUCGUAUCGAACAAAAAUUGGCAGUCCCAAAUUUUAUCGAACAAAAUUUGGCAGUCCCAAAAUGUAUCUAGCAAAAAUUGGCAGUUUUAAAUUUUCAAAGAAGUUGUGGUUGAUGAGAUUUCGCCAAUGAGUGUUCCAGAUAGUUUUUAAAAAAAAAUAUGGCUUCUUUCAGUUCAAAAAAGUGUUCGAAGAGAACUCCAUGAUCGACUUGCGAAGUUAUUUAUGCCCCAUCCCUGGCGAAUAUUGUUUGGCACGACGGGCGGCAUUGGAUACGGCUGGAAUGGAGUUGGCUCGAUUGGUGGAGCAGGUAUGAGGUCAACAAGAAAAAAAUUGUCUUUCUGACAUCUUUCGAAGUUCAAUGUUUUUUUCAAAGUUUGAAAAGUAAACAUUUAUAAAACGUUCAUUUGUAUUUUGCAGAUCAAUGUCUUGUGCUGGAAAGUCAAGUUUUGCGUCGACGGAUUCCAAGCCCACGUUCAGCUGCAUGAUAUCGCCAUCGUUCGCUGCGGAAUCACGGAUCCUCAUGUCGCCAGCUCUCAAUAUAUAGGCAAAUUGUUAAAAUAAAAAAUGAUUUUUGAAAAAAACGUCAUUUUCUGUUUUCCUCCCUCGACUCGCUUUUCGCAGGCUGUUUUCACGUUUAUCUAUGGGACUGCCAAUUUUUUUCAGCAUAAUGAAAAAAAGAAAAAUUAGAUUGCUAGUUUUAAGAACCGGAAGUUUAGUAUAGUAUAGCCACAAUAUUUAAAAUCUUCUCGAAUUAAAUUAAAUUUUUUCUUCAUUUUUUCUUGCUUUAGACUUCUUUAAUGGUUUUUUCAGGUCUGAGAGUGGCUUGCCUUAUCAAAGAGCCUGGCAAAAUUGACCGCUGGGACACGGGAACCGUUGGCUGCCGACCAAAUUUGAUCCAUAACGGGAGAUUUUUGGUAAAAGAUAGCUAAGAGUCGGCUCACGAAAGGAAAAGUUUCAGGUUUUCAUGGACGAUGGUAGGGACAUUUAUAUGAAUGUGCCGUCUCAUGAUUCGGGUGAUAUGACAGCAGCCAAAUCGGUAGAGUUUCAAAAAAAAAAUUUUAUAGAAAAGCAGUUCAUUAUUGGCAGAAUAUUAUAAGAAAAACAAUAUUAAGGAUAUCUUUUAGUGUAUUCAGAAAGGGUUUUUUUACAAGGAGGUUAUUUAAUCACCCUAGGAGUCUUUUUCUCUUCCUGCAACAUCGUCAUACUAUCCCGAUGUUGCGAAAAUAAAGUCGUCGAACUUUAAAAAAAAAAUCUCAAACGAGAGCAGAAACGAAAGCCAAACACCCCGGGAGUAGAAAUGAGAUCGCGAAAAAAAAAUUUCUUAACUGCAAAAUUUAGAUUUCUAUCGAAAAAAAAAAUGAUAAGACGUUCUCAAAUAAGUGUUAAUGAUACAGAUCCCAUACGGAACUGACGACGACAAAAUGAUGAUGAGACGACUUUGUCUUAUGAAGGCCUUGCCGAUGGCUCUGCAGAGCUACCCGGAGAAGAGCGAUACUUGGAGUGUUGGUUUCAACGUCGAUUAAUAGAAAUACACUAUUUUUUUGAAAUAUUUAAAAAGCAUUCAAAAAAAACUUGCUCGUUCACUAGUUCAUAAAUUUUAUUUAAAGAUUGAUCGCCCUGGAGUCGUCAAUGUAUUGAGGGACCAUGCGCGUGUGCCAUUUUUGAGGAAGUUAGUUUUAUUAUUUUUUCAUAAAAUGCAUUCAGAAAAGUUCAGAUUCCUGAGAAAAUAUCCGGAUUGGCCGUUGAUUCCAAUGAAAAAACGAGGGAAUGGCGAUCAUGUCAAGCAGUUGAAGGUAAUUUUUUCAAGUCGAGAUUUUAUUAUAUAUUUGUUUUUCUUUGUUAGUUUUUCUUUGUAAAGUUUCUCAAAUCAUUUUUUUCAGAUCGUCGACCCGAAAAAGAAAUCAAAGGCGGAUGGUUGCUGUGAGUAUUCUUUUGAUUUCAGGUUCUAGGAUAAAUAGGAGAUAGUUGAUUUUGAAUAAAUUUUAAAAAAUUAAUUCGUUGGUCACAGGAUAGUUUAUUCAUUAAGUUUUGAAGAAAAUUUGAAAAAUUGGGUUUUACAGAAGUAUUCGGUUUUCAGAUUGGAAAGUUGAAAUAUACAGUACCGUCAGAAAAGAUACGAAAAAAAAACGCGACUUUGGUCACAACUUCAUUGUGAGGAGUUCGAUCUUCCUGAAAGUUUCUAAAGCUUUUUUGUGUGAACUGAAACUUCUUCAGACUGUAAAAAAAAAAACAAUCAUCGCGACCCCAAAAAAUUUCUGGAAGAUUGAAUUCCUGACAAGAAUUUAAACAGGAAAAGUCACAAGAAAAACUUUUCUUCAUUUCUAUGCUUUUCUAGGUUGUGGACGUGGACUGUGCGCUGUGCACGGUUCGGUACAUUCCCGACGCGAAUGUCGAUGGCCGCGACUGUUUCCAAUUUCCAUGCCACCAGCACAUCCACCGCGAUGAGGUCGUCUACCGUGGGUCGACUCGCUUCGAGAAUAUAGUUGCUCCUGAAACAUUUGACCCGAAGACGUACUUCUUUUUCUAGAUGAUCGGCCAGAAUGAGCACAGCAACGUCUCGCGAAGAGCCAGGGACAAGUUCCGCAACCACUUCGACACGGCUGAGCCGUUCCUCAGCGAGCCUGUCUUCUCUCAGCCGCGAUAUGUUGAUCCUGCGGUUAGUUUUGGGAUGAAAACUCAAACAAAAAUGGAUAUAUUUUUCGAAAAAUCGUUUUUCAGCAGAGUGGCAGGAUGAGACAAGUACAGGAGCCGACUCAGGCACAGUUUUCAAGGGGACAAAUUGAGGGUCGAUACCGUAAACAGGCAUUGGUAAACUAUGAAAAAAUAAGGUUUUUGUCUAAAUUAUUUUCAAUUCAGAUAAUCAAAACGAGGGUUCCAGCCACGCCGGCUCCUCCGUCGUUGAAGGUGAAUAAAAAAAAAAGCAAAAUGAAAGUUUUUCAGAUAUUGAAGGUUUUUUGAAAAUUUUUCGAGGUAAGGAAAGCAAAAUUUGAGAUUUUGAGGCUGAUGUAAAAUAGUCCUUGUAAGCUAGGUUCCAGUUCUCCGUUAAAAACAUUUGCUUGAUAAAAUUUGGGACUGCCAUUUUUCAGCUUGAAAAGUUUAGGUCUGCCAUUUUUUGGCUUGAAAUAUUUGGGGCUGCCACUUUCAAACAUUGCAAGUAUCAAUCAAUUUCGAAACAGUCUGACAUCUCUGCGUCUUCUUAUCUCUCAACAGCGAUUUUAUAGUGACCUGGAAUAGUCCCUUAAAAUGAGAGCCUCGUCAAAUAGACUGUUUGAAAGGAAAGCGCAUUGUCUUAUGGGUAUUAGCCCAAGCAGUUGCGGCUGCGGAACGGACUUUUUAAGGCAUAUGUUCCCAACCGUGACGCUUUUAGUCAUUUCAAAUGCGACUAUGCCCAAGCAGCAUUUAUUUUUUCAGCCUCAUAAAAAGUGCAAAAAGGAUUGUUUGCGAGAUUUGGACUGCGAUCCUUACGACUCGCGCUUCCAUCAGUGUUCGCCUCUGCAUAUUCCUUCCGUUUGUGGAUGGACUCGGACGGUUUGUUUCGUCUUUUUUUUCUGAAUCACUUCCGUGAAGUGGGAAGAGCAUUCUGAUAAGCGUUUUAAAAAAUUUAGGAGAAAAGCGUUGGAUUUAGGUCAAAAAGGUUCAAAAAUUCGAUUCUCUUCAAUACUUCUACGUGAAUUUAUCUGAAUAUACUAGAAAACAAUUUAGAAAAUUUGCCAACGGAUAGUUUCUUCAAAACGACCCAAGGAGAAAAUUGUCGUCAUGUAUCGUGCGCCAUGUGGAAGAACUUGUCGAAAUUUCGACGAGAUCGCCUUGUUUUUUUGCGGGUUUUUUUAUAUCAAAAAAAUGAGAUUUAUAAUGAAUAUUGGCUUCAGGAAACGGGUAGUCGAAUCACUAUCGAUUGUUUCACUUUUGACGAUGAGAUUGAGACGGAUGUCUAUGUGACGGUUUGUUUAAAAAACUUAAAACAUCAUAAAUUCGAAAAAAAAAUUAUAGGUUCAAAAGAAGUUUGUCUGCAAUGACGACUAUGCCCAUGGAAUUGAGGUUUUUCUUGUUUUUUUUUUUGCAUGUUUCAACGCUUCUUGGUCUCCGUUGAAAGUCGUUUUGAGUCGGGCGCAUUUGGAUAAAGAUAGCUGCGGCCAACUGGUUUUCAAUAACUUUUUUUUUCCAGAGAAUGCCGAUCCCAGCAGUCAACUCUGUGGAUGAUGAGCCACCGCCGGAAGUAAAUUGAUUUCGUUUUAUCAAGGAAAUAUGCUUUUUACAGUUGAUUUACACGAAUCAGCGUUUCCCAUAUGAUCAGACUGUUGAUGUCAACUCGAUCAAUCGUGGAUUCUGCUCUGGAUGCUCUUGUGAAGGUUUGAGGAAAAGAAAUUAUCACGGCGCGAGUUUUUAAUGAAAGAUUGAAAAACGUAGAUAAAAAUGAAUAAAUUUAUGUGGGGUUAUGUUAAAAAGUCGUCUUGCAACAGAAAUUUAAUUACUGCAAAAAUCAAAUUUAAUGACUUGCUAAAUGAGUUUUUAUGCUUGAGAAUACUUAAGAUUGACAGAAUUCUCCUUUUUUUAAAUUUUUAAUCUUCAUCGUGGAAAUCUCUCUUUCAAAAAUAGUUUUUAGGAGAUUGCUCAGACGCAACCAAAUGCGAGUGCCAGAUGCUCAGCGCGGCCGAAUAUGAACGACUUCCAAAGGGGCUCAAAAUUCCAGAAAUGAAAGGCGAUAAAGUCUACCCGUUGGUGUUGAAGUCAAAUUUAAUAUCGAUUGAUUUUAUUUGAAUGGAAAAGUGCAAGGAUUUAAGGUAUGAGAACCGUAUCAUUGCCGGCAAGUACAUGGGCGGCAUCUUCGAGUGCAAUGACCAGUGUGCCUGCAACCGGUCCAGUUGUUUCAACCGGGUCAUUCAGCAUCCAAUCAAGUAUCCUAUCCAGGUGCGUAGGAAAUUUGAUAAAAAAUAAAGGUUCAGGGUCAAAAAUAGAUGAGAAUUAGUACUUGGGAGAUGUCAUAAAAGAUUUUUCGUGAAAAAAGAGUUUUCCAUUUUUUAAACUAAAUUUAACACCGUGAAAGUAUACCGUAACAUAAAAGAAAAAUUAAAAAAAGGCGACUCGAUUUUGAAUUUUUGAACAUCCCUAUAGAACUUCGAUUUUUUGCGACUUUUUCAUAUUAAACCGAUGAUUUUUUUUUGCAGUUGUUCAAAACGGCAGAAUCAGGCUGGGGCGUCCGGACGCUGGCUGACAUCCCCGAAGGAGCCUUCAUCUGUACAUAUGCCGGUGCACUCCUAACCGACGAAAUCGCGGAUCGAUUGAAGAAUGAAGAUCAGUACUUUGCUGACUUGGACUUGAGAGAUACUGUGAGUUUGGGGCGAAAAAGUGCGCAAAAAGUGAAGGUUUAUAAGCCACGACGAUUUUGUCCUUUUUAGUGAACUCUUAAGAGCCUCUUACAACGCUAGAUGAGAUCAUGUGAUGAAAUAGAAUCUUAAAAAAAUUGGUCAUGAAACAGUCUGAUUUCUCUUCGCACCUGCCUGUAUCUCUUUUCCCUUACACAAAAAAGGAAAAAAGCGUCAUAGAAACUUGAAAAUAGCACAUGAACAGAAGAAAGUUGAAGAGGUAGAAGGAGCGCAGAGAAAUCGAAAAAUUGGAAUGACAGUACUAAAAUUGGCAGUCCCAAGUUUUCCGAAUUGAAAAUUGGCAGUCCCAAGUUUUCCGAAAUGAAAAUUGGCAGUCCCAAAUUUUACGAAAUGAAAAUUGGCAGUCCCAAAUUUUCCGAAUUGAAAAUUGACAGUCCCAAAUUUUUGGAAUUAAAAAUUGGCAGUCCCAAAUUUUUGGAAUUAAAAAUUGGCAGUCCCAUUUUUUUUUUUGUGAUUUUAGUUGGCAAUCCCAAAUUUUUCGAUAUCAGAUGUUACAAGUUGUGGUGAAUGACCGAUAUGAACUAAUUUUUCCAGGUGGAGCGGGAAAAAAUGUUCGAAGACAACGAGACGGACGAAGGCCUGGGCGGCGAUUUCGAAUCCGAUGAGGACUAUGAGAAUAACAGCGAAACGAGUGGUGAUACAUUUGUUGCCACCAGGAACAAUGGUUCUUGAAAAAAGAUCAAACUUGGAUUCGACAUAAAAUUAUGGUCAGGAAAACGGUCGAAAAGGCCCAGGACCGAUGAUUAUCGAGAGGAGAGCGUCGUGCCCAGAGAGACGCGACGUCGCAACGACGAGGAGAACUUUUUCAAGUGGGACGAGUACUUUGGCGACAACGCCUUGUUUGUCGUGGACGCCAAAAAUCGCGGGAAUAUUGGAAGGUGAUUGUAUUUUUAUUCACAGAUUUCUGAACUCAAUAGUCACUCUCAAAAGGAAGGUUAUUCAUUUUUGAUUCCCGGGUUUUAGAGAUUUUGAAAGCUUUUUUAGCUCUCUCCAGAACAGCCAAUUAUUUUUUUAAAUCAAGUUUUCCAGAUUUUUGCCAAAUGUGUAUGUACUUAUUAGCAAUUUCCGGGUUUUAGAAAUUGUGAAAGCUUUCUUUAGCUCUCUUCAAAACAGCAAAUUAUUUUUUAAGUUCAAGUUUUCCAGAUUCCUCAAUCAUUCCUGUGAGCCGAAUGUGUAUGUACAGCACGUGAUGUACGAUACUCACGACCUUCGACUUCCUCAUUUGGCCUUCUUCUCUAAUGAAAAUAUCAAGGCUGGAGCUGUGAGUAUGCUCUUCUAGAGACAAAGAAAAGUCAGAAAAAAUUUUGAUUUGAAUUUUCAAAAAUCUUAACUUUUUUUGUUUUCAGAGUUUUUUGGUUUUUUCCUGACAUUUUUUUAAUUCAUAAAAAGUUCAAAAAUUUUAGGAGCUCUGUUGGAACUACUCCUAUGAAAUAGACGAAACGAAAGAACGGGUGAGAAAAAAAAAGUAAUAAACAUGAAAAAAUAUAAUGUUUCAGAUCAUGUGCAAAUGCGGUGCGAAAAACUUGCCGAAAAGCGACUUCUUUGAGAAAAUAUAUGUUUUUUUGAUUUUUUUGUAAAUUUUUACUGUAAAUUAUUUGAUUUUUCUUCUAUUUUUUUCAUCACUGACUUUGAUUUUGAUCUCAUCCUGUGGUUUCAUUAUGAGUAUUUUAUAUAUUUUUCGCUUUAUAAAAUUUUACGAACUUUCAUUUUUCUCCGUUUUUGUGCUCAUAUGUUGAUUGAGCUUCAGAUUAUUUAUAUAGUUCUUUUUAAAGAUUUUUAUUUUUUUACCUUGUUCUCCUUUAAUCAAGUUACGAACAGAUUAUCGAACAGAAGGGAUUUGAAAAUGAUUUUUUUAACGGAAAAAUUAGCUCCUGAACCGGUUUGGAAGAAAGAUUGUGUGAAAAAGAGAGAGACCUACAGAAAUAUACGCUUUUUUUUAAUCGUUAGCCUAACUGUGCAGUUUAUUCUGAUCCCUUGAACUUGCAAAUUUUUUUAAAUUGUAGUCCAAAAACUUGCUUGGGUUUACGAAAAAUAGACUUAUAUUUGAGAAAUUUGAUGAAUUUAGAGGUUUGGUAAUUGAUCAAGAAUAAAAAUCUUGAAACGAUUUACAUAGAAACUCAAAUUUACUUGAAAAUUAAGAGAAUUUGUUGCGGUAACUCGAAAAAGUCGAACUUUGGUCAGGAAAAUGAAUAUAUUCAGGGUUUCCAGUGGAUGAAACGGUUAUUAUCCAUAACUUUGCGAUAUCGUCCCUCAAGGCACAGAUUUUUGCCGCAUCGAACUUAUUUUUCAUCAUUUCUAACCUUAAGAACUUCUGAUAUCAAUGGGAGAGUACAAUUUAGUUCUUCUACGCCUUCUACAAGUGAAUUUGGUUGGUUUUUUGUAACCGUUAUUCCAAAAAAAAAAAAUUGUUUCGAUUUAUUUUUAACCGCUCUGCAAGUCUAUUUUUACCAGAAUUUUUAAAAAGUUUUUCUGAAGAUUUUUGAAGCUUUUUACCUUGAAGAUAGCUUUUGACAAAGUUCAAAACUCGAUUUUCACGAAAAUGAUUAGUUUAAAAAAGUUUUCUGAUAGCAACGGCGAAGGGAUCGAUCUGUUUCAUUUUAUGGUUUUUUUAUCUAUAACUUCGAUGAAACGUAUUUGAUAUGGUCAGAAGUCAUUUUUCGAAACAGUUGGAACUUGAUGACAUCUUAUGACUUGGUGAUGUUCAUGGUGAAAUUUACAUAUUUUUUUCAAAUAAAAUUUUUUUGGAUCUGAAAAAUUUCAGUUUUUCUUUUUAUGUCCUCGAGCCUUGGCCAUGAUUCAUCCAUUUUAGGACAUUAAAAUUCAUUGAAAAAGUAAAUUUUAUAUAGCUUCUUCCUAGAAGAAAUACCAAACGAUAGUUGAAAAAAUUUUGGGCAAACGUUUAGUUCACAAAAAGUGGAUUUUUUUUUUUUUGAAAAACCUCGCUUUUUCUGUUUGAAAAGUUGUUCUUUCUCUUCAUUAGCAGUUCAAUACUUACAAGUGGCACAAAUUCAAUUCCAUAAUAGUUAAAUUUUAAAAAAAUUCUUGCAAUUUAGUUCGAGAAGCCGCGAAAUACGCUCGAAAAUCGCCAACUGAACAAAUUGUGAAAAAAAUUCUUGCAAUUUAAAAAAAUUGUGAAAAAAUUCUUGGAUUGUGGACCGCAACCCGUGCCGACGACUAACUCUUCGAUUAUACCAUGAUUCAGCAGAGAUUUUUUUUUUCUACAUCUUACUCUGAAGACUGAAUAAAUUGUGAAAAUUGUGAAAAAAAUUCUUGCAAUUUAGUUCGAGAAGCCGCGAAAUACGCUCGAAAAUCGCCAACUGAACAUGUUCUACUACGACCGGAUACAUAUAUCGGCGGAGUUGGGAUGCGAGAAAAUGAGGUUCGACAAAAGGGAAGAAAAUGGCUUGAGAUAGAAAUAUUGAUUGAAGAAUCCUCGUUAAAGUCUUUAAAGAAGCAUAGUCGAAUUUCAUGAAGGUUCUCUAGGCGAAGAACCAUUUUUAGUGUGCUUUUUUUAAUCGUAAAUUUUUUUUUCAAAGCAGAGACUGUUCAAAAGGCCUUAAUUUUUUGGAAAACUUAAAUAAUUCAUAUUUUUCGGUGAUUUCAAAUGACAAGAUUGUUGAGGAAAUGGUUCAAAAAUUGUUCAGACGGUUGAACAAAGCCUCAAAGUUUGAAAAAUUUUGCUAGUUUUUCUUCAGAGAGAAGUUAUAUUUUGAUUAAUAAAAAAACCUACUUUUUAAGGUCGAUUUUCGAAACUUUAUUCAAGAAGUUUUCCUACCAAAGACAUUAAUUGGUUUUUUUUUUUCGAAAAUUAGCAUUCCAACGCAUAUUAAUAUUCUAAAUAAAUCUAUUUUCAACUUUUCAGACCGCCUGGCUUUUUUUGACAGUGAGAAGCAAGUCAUGUACUCCCGGUAAACAAUGAAAUUUGCCCGAUUUCUAUAGUAUUUUCACACAGAAACGUGACAUACCCGCCUGGUCUGCUGAAAAUCUUUGAUGAGAUUCUCGUCAACGCCGCUGACAACAAAGCUCGAGAUCCGAAAACGAUGAACGAGAUUCGCGUGGACAUUGAUAGGUAAAAAAAAAGAAAAAAAAAGUCUAAAAAAUGUCUAAAAAUCGGGCUUUUUGAGUUAUGAUGUACAUAGAGACCCUGAAAAUAUCAACCAUUCUUCACUUUCCCCAAGAUUCAAGUCAUUUUUCGUUAUCAAAAGGUUAUUAGCCCCUUUGGCGCGGCGUAUUGUAUUGCCCUGACUCUACUAGACCACACUCUGCAUCGUGGCGCAGCAGGCAAGGCGUCCAGCUGUCGCCCGCGAGGUCACAGGUUCGACCUCCACGCCGGAUUUACCAAACGUGUACGCGUCAUUUCAGGCAUGCACGAAAGGCUCCAGGCGAAUAUAAAAGGCAUCCCCGAACUUCCACCUGUGGUUUAACGCCAUUUGUGGUUAAUAUUGGGGUGCUAAAGCUCUUUUUGCUUUUUUUCUUUUGAAUUAGAGGUUCGGCGGCUUUUCAGGACCUUUAAUGUAUUUUUUUUUGUAUUUAUGCUUUUUCGACUGAAAAAAUAGACUUUUCUUUAACUUCUGUUAAAAAUCUUUGUUUUUUAAACCCUCGGUGAAUUAUAUUGGGUAGGUGCCAAUUUUUUUCUGCAGUUCAAGAAGUCCGACAGCCCAUUUCAAUGUAUUUUUGUGAUCAGAAAAAUAAGAGAUUUCAUGAUUUCUUGGUAUUUUGUAGAUUUGACUCAGGUUGAAAUAUAGAAAUAACGAAAAAAAGUAUUCAGUAAAUAAUUAUUUUCCAGAAAAAAACGACACGAUUUCAAUUUGGAACAACGGUAGAGGCCUGCCUGUAGAAUUGCACCCCACUGAAAGUUUUUUCGUUUAAAAUUCCAAACAUAUUUAUUAUUUAUUUGAAGAAAUUUACGUCCCAACCCUGGUCUUCGGAUCGCUAUUCACUUCUUCGAACUAUGAUGAUCAAGAGGUCAAAAUUGUAGGUAUGAAAUUUAAUUUUCUACAGAGUCCUGUAAAAUGAAGUUUUGGUCCUAUUUUUAAAUAAUGGAGGAAAGUUUUAGGUGGUCGAAAUGGGUACGGAGCCAAACUGUGCAACAUUUUCUCGAAGGAAUUCACGGUUGAAACGAGGGAUUCUCAAAGGAAAUUGCAUUUUCGACAGGUUAGGGGAGAGAAGAAAAAACUGUAGAUUACACCAGGAUUUACUGUAACAUCUGCGAUGCAAUAAGAAAGUUGAUAAUUGCUAAAAAAGGGUCGCGGUUUUUUUUCGGUUUACUCAAGAGUUCAGUUUUUAGUAGCAGAAAAGUAGCCACUUGAAAAGAGCUAAUACUCCUUGAGUGAUCCAUAAAUCGCUAAAAACUACCAGAAAAGACACCAGGCGAUUUCCUCUCCAGUGUAUCCGUUUUACCAUUUUUCUGAAUUCCGACAUAUUUUUUUUUCCAAGCAGUUUCGAAUAUAUUCAGCGAUGGCACGAAAAUAUGCAGAAAUUUGACGAACCGGAGGUGAAUCCAGAAGUUACCAAGCUUGCCGACUUUACCAAGGUAUAUUUUUUCAUUCGAAUAUCGAUUUUUAUAAUCAACUUGCUAAUAUGAAGUAUUUGGUAUUUGAGAGGUGGAUAUUAUGA